GCGAGUGCAGGCUCCAGCCCCCAGUCCCCCACCGCCUGCCCCGCCGCACGGAGGGGACGGGGACCCAGCGGGGCUCCAGCUGGCUGGGACCUGAGGAAGAGGGGCUGGGCCGUGGGGCAGGAGGGGGAGAAACGGCGGGGGGAGCAACACCAUGGAGCCUGCUUCUCCCCAGGAUGACGGGAAGAAGAGGCAACAGAAGGAGAAGUCCAAAAAGCCGGUGCCACCAGUAGCCCCUCGGCCACCCAGGGCUCUGUUCUGCCUGACCCUGGAGAACCCGCUGCGGAAGGCCUGCAUCAGCAUCGUGGAGUGGAAACCCUUCGAGAUCAUCAUCCUCCUCACCAUCUUUGCCAACUGUGUUGCCCUGGCCAUUUACCUGCCCAUGCCUGAAGAUGACACCAACGUUGCCAACUCCAGCCUGGAGAAGAUCGAAUACGCCUUCCUGAUCUUCUUUGCCAUCGAGGCGAUGCUCAAGAUAAUCGCCUAUGGCUUUCUGUUCCACACGGACGCCUAUCUCCGAAACGGCUGGAAUGUGCUUGACUUUUCCAUCAUAACUCUAGGGCUCGUCACCAUGACCCUGGAGAAGGUCAAUGCGAAGGAGGGAGGGACUUCGGGGGGCAAAGGCGGCUUUGACGUGAAGGCCCUGCGAGCGUUCCGUGUGCUGAGACCCCUGCGCCUGGUGUCCGGAGUGCCCAGCCUUCAGGUCGUCCUGAACUCCAUCAUCAAGGCCAUGGUGCCCCUGCUCCACAUCGCCUUGCUGGUCCUCUUCAUGAUCAUCAUCUAUGCCAUCGUCGGGCAGGAGCUCUUCAAGGGCAGGAUGCACAAGACCUGCUACUACCUCGGGACAGAUGUGAUUGCCACGGUGGGAGCAGAGAAGCCAGCCCCGUGCACCAGCUCCGGCCACGGGCGGCACUGCUCCAUCAACGGCACCGAGUGCCGCGGCGGCUGGCCAGGGCCCAACAACGGCAUCACGCACUUCGACAACUUCGGCUUCGCCAUGCUCACUGUCUACCAGUGCAUCACCAUGGAGGGGUGGACUGAAGUCCUCUACUGGGUAAAUGAUGCCAUGGGGAAUGAAUGGCCCUGGAUUUACUUUGUCAGCCUUAUCUUGCUUGGCUCCUUCUUCGUGCUCAACCUGGUGCUGGGGGUGCUCAGUGGGGAGUUCACCAAGGAGCGGGAGAAGGCCAAGUCCCGGGGAACGUUCCAGAAGCUGCGGGAGAAGCAGCAGCUGGAGGAGGAUCUGAAGGGCUACAUGGACUGGAUCACCCACGCAGAGGUCAUGGACAGCGAUCGGGCCCGGGGAGAAGGUAUGAUGCCAUUGGAUGAAGGAGGGUCAGAGACAGAGAGCUUGUAUGAAAUCGAGGGCAUGAACAAGUGGAUUCUCUUCUUCCGUCGGUGGAGGCGUUGGAACCGAAUGUUUCGUAGGAGGUGCAGGGAUGUGGUGAAGUCCAAGUUCUUCUACUGGCUUGUCAUCCUGAUGGUGGCACUGAACACCCUCUCCAUCGCCUCUGAGCACCACAUGCAGCCAGAUUGGUUGACAGUCGUGCAAGACAACUCCAACCGGCUGCUGCUCGCCCUCUUCGUGGCCGAGAUGCUGCUGAAGAUGUACGCGCUGGGGCUGCGCCAGUACUUCAUGUCGCUCUUCAACCGCUUCGACUGCUUCGUGGUGUGUUCGGGCAUCCUGGAGAUCAUCCUGGUGGAGCUGGGCACCCUGUCCCCCCUGGGCAUCUCCGUGCUGCGCUGCAUCCGGCUCCUCCGCAUCUUCAAGAUCACCAGGUACUGGACAUCGCUGAGCAACCUGGUGGCCUCCCUGCUCAACUCAGUCCGCUCCAUUGCCUCUCUGCUCCUGCUCCUCUUCCUCUUCAUCACCGUUGCUGCCCUGCUGGGCAUGCAGCUCUUUGGGGGCAAGUUUGAUUUCGAGGACAUGGAAGUGCGGCGCAGCACGUUCGACAAUUUCCCCCAGGCCCUCAUCAGUGUCUUCCAGAUCCUGACUGGAGAGGACUGGAAUUCAAUCAUGUACGAUGGGAUCAUGGCCUACGGGGGCCCGUCCUUUCCUGGCAUGCUGGUCUGCAUCUACUUCAUCAUCCUCUUCGUUUGUGGGAACUAUAUCCUCCUCAAUGUCUUCCUGGCCAUCGCGGUCGAUAACCUGGCCGAGGCUGAGAGCCUGACUUUAGCCCAGAAGGCCAAAGCAGAGGAACGUAAACGGCGGAAGAUGUCCAGAGGUUACCCGGAGAAGUCUGAAGAGGAGAAGCAGAUGCUGGCAAAGAAGCUGGAGCAGAAAGCAAAGGGAGAAGGGAUUCCCACAACAGCCAAGUUGAAAGUGGACGAAUUUGAAUCCAAUGUCAACGAGAUCAAAGACCCCUACCCUUCUGCAGACUUCCCAGGUGAUGAUGAGGAAGAUGAGCCUGAAAUCCCCCUGAGUCCUCGGCCGCGUCCCCUUGCAGAGCUACAGCUGAAAGAGAAGGCUGUGCCCAUGCCUGAAGCCAGCUCCUUCUUCAUCUUCAGCCCAACCAACAAGUUUCGGGUGCUGUGCCACAGAACUGUCAAUGCCACCUGGUUCACCAACUUCAUCCUGCUCUUCAUCCUGCUCAGCAGCAUCUCGCUGGCAGCUGAGGAUCCCAUCCGGGCCGAGUCCUUCCGCAACAAGAUUCUUGGAUACUUUGACAUUGGUUUCACCUCCGUCUUUACAGUCGAAAUCGUCUUGAAGAUGACAACCUAUGGUGCUUUCCUGCACAAAGGCUCCUUCUGCAGGAAUUCCUUCAAUAUCCUUGACUUACUGGUGGUCGCUGUCUCCCUUAUCUCCAUGGGAUUUGAGUCCAGCACCAUCUCCGUGGUGAAGAUCCUGCGGGUGCUGAGGGUGCUGAGGCCUCUGCGAGCCAUUAACAGGGCCAAGGGGCUGAAGCACGUGGUCCAGUGCGUGUUUGUGGCCAUCAAGACCAUCGGUAACAUCGUGGUUGUCACCACAUUGCUGCAGUUCAUGUUUGCCUGCAUCGGGGUCCAGCUCUUCAAGGGCAAGUUCUACAGGUGCACAGACCCAUCCAAGCUGACAGAGAAGGAGUGCAGGGGCCAGUUCAUCAACUAUGUGGACGCAGACCCCACGCAGAUUGAGGUCCAGGAGCGUAUGUGGGUGCACAGCAACUUCCACUUCAACAACGUCUUCUCAGCCAUGAUGUCACUUUUCACGGUCUCCACCUUCGAGGGCUGGCCCGAGCUGCUGUACAUGGCCAUCGACACCAAUGCUGAGGAUGCAGGUCCUAUCUACAACUACAGGAUGGAGAUUGCAAUGUUCUUCAUCAUCUACAUCAUCCUCAUUGCCUUCUUUAUGAUGAACAUCUUUGUGGGCUUUGUCAUUGUCACCUUCCAGGAGCAGGGGGAGAAUGAGUACAAGAACUGUGAGCUGGACAAGAACCAGCGCCAGUGUGUGCAGUACGCGCUGAAGGCUCGCCCGCUGCGCCGCUACAUCCCCAAGAACCCCUACCAGUACCAGAUCUGGUACGUGGUCACCUCCUCCUACUUUGAGUACCUCAUGUUCUUCCUGAUCCUGCUGAACACCAUCUGCCUGGGCAUGCAGCAUUACAACCAGUCUCCAGAAAUGAACCACGUCUCAGACAUCCUCAAUGUGGCCUUCACCGUCCUCUUCACCCUGGAGAUGAUCCUCAAGCUCAUGGCCUUUAAAGCCAAGGGCUAUUUCGGAGACCCCUGGAAUGUCUUUGACUUCCUCAUAGUGAUUGGCAGCAUCAUCGAUGUCAUCCUCAGUGAGAUUGAUACUAUUCUUGCCCCCAGUGGUGGAUUGUACUGCCUGGGCGGAGGCUGUGAUGGCACUGACUCUGAUGACAACUCCCGUGUCUCCAUCACCUUCUUCCGCCUGUUCCGGGUGAUGCGGCUGGUGAAGCUGCUGAGCCGUGGGGAAGGUGUCAGGACCCUCCUGUGGACCUUCAUCAAGUCCUUCCAGGCUCUGCCAUACGUGGCCCUGCUGAUCGUGAUGCUUUUCUUCAUCUAUGCUGUGAUUGGGAUGCAGAUGUUUGGGAAGAUUGCCAUGGUGGACGGGACACAGAUCAACCGAAACAACAACUUCCAGACCUUUCCACAAGCUGUGCUGCUGCUCUUCAGGUGUGCCACCGGCGAGGCGUGGCAGGAGAUCCUGCUGGACUGCAGCUACGGCCGGCGCUGCGACCCCGAGUCGGAGUACGCCGAGGGCGAGGAGUACACCUGUGGCACCGGCUUUGCCUACUUCUACUUCAUCAGCUUCUACAUGCUCUGUGCCUUCCUGAUCAUUAACCUCUUCGUGGCUGUCAUCAUGGACAACUUUGACUACCUGACCCGGGACUGGUCCAUCCUUGGGCCCCAUCACCUGGACGAGUUCAAGAGGAUCUGGGCUGAGUACGACCCCGAGGCCAAGGGUAGAAUCAAACACUUGGAUGUGGUGACUCUGCUGAGGCGUAUCCAACCUCCCCUGGGCUUUGGGAAGUUCUGCCCACACCGUGUGGCUUGUAAGCGCCUGGUGUGCAUGAACAUGCCCCUGAACAGCGACGGCACCGUCACCUUCAACGCCACCCUCUUUGCACUGGUGAGGACAGCCCUCAAGAUCAAGACAGAAGGUAACUUUGAACAGGCCAAUGAGGAGCUCCGAGCUAUUAUCAAAAAAAUCUGGAAGCGAACGAGUAUGAAACUUUUGGACCAGGUCAUCCCACCCAUUGGAGAUGAUGAGGUGACAGUGGGCAAAUUCUAUGCUACUUUCCUGAUCCAAGAGCACUUCAGGAAGUUCAUGAAGCGCCAGGAGGAGUAUUAUGGAUACCGGCCCAAGAAGAACCCUGUGGAGAUCCAGGCUGGGCUGAGGAGUAUUGAAGAAGAAGCUGCUCCUGAAAUCCAUCGGGCCAUUUCUGGGGACCUGACUGCUGAGGAGGAGCUGGAAAGAGCCAUGGUGGAGGCUGCCAUGGAGGAAGGGAUAUACAGGAGGACAGGUGGCUUGUUUGGCCAGGUUGACAGCUUCAUGGAGCCCAGCAGCCCCCUGCAGCCCCAGGUGGCCAGCCAGAGGCCCCUGCAGUUCACCGAGGUGGGCAGUGAGGACCUCGACUCCCCCGUGUUCCUCGAUGACUUCCCCCAGGAAGGCAACACCAACAUCAACAACGCCAACAGCAGCGACUGGCUGGAGGGGGUGGAGUAUGAGGACGAGGUGCUGAGGAAGACGGUACCAGCAGCACCCCGGCGUCGGGCACGGGAGCACAACCACCCCAUACCCAUGGAGAGGCUGAGCAGGAGGCGAAGGGCCACCUCUGGGGGUCCCUCAUCACUGGGGCCACUCCUUCUGCCCCAGCAGCUGCCCAGAGAGGAUGGCACUGUGACAGGAACAGCAUCCAGCUCAGGGUUCCAGCAGGGAGAAAGUGGUGAGCCAAGCACAUCCUCCACUCCAGCCAUCACCUUCCUCAUUCAGGAGGCUCUGAUCUCUGGGGGCCUCCCGGGUCUGGCCCGUGACUCGUCGUUCGUAGCAGUGACCAGGGACGAGAUGGCAGCCAGCAGCCAGCUGGGGAUGGAUGAAGUGGAGAGAGCAGCCGUGGAGCUGCUGAAGGGAAGACAAACACUGCAGGGCACAAAAACUUGCUCUGCCCCCCCGGACACCUCAGCCAUGUCAUCAACCAGCUCCCCAGGGCUCAGUGCAGCCCGGUCCCAAAAGACCUUCAGUGCCCACAUGCCCGUGAGCCACCUGCCAAAGUAGCCCAGCAGGCACAGUCCUGUCAGGGGCCCGCAGGGGGUGCUGGGGCACAGCUGCACUGCUCCCCUGCUCUGCCUGCAGUCCUGGGGGGCUCUGGCCAGCUGCAGGAGUAUUUUUGGGACAUCUCUAGGAUGCUGGUGCAGGACAGGACAAUGUUGUGCCAGCAGGCUCUUGCAAGAGCUGGACAGGUCAUUAAAGUGUUCCUGCUGUGUGA